AGGCAGCUGGAGAAGUGCAGACAAAUCAUCUUUUUUUUAGGAGCACAAAUGGAAUGUUAUCUCAGAAAAUAAUGUUUUCUCCCUCUUUAUAUUUAACAAUCCUCGGUGAUGCUUCUAUCACCACUCAUCUACCCUCCUCCCCCCAAUAUCAACUGAAAGAACAUAGGGGUAUCUCAAACCUUCAGUGUUGCCAAGUCGGUCAGGUUUGAGGAGUGCGAAUAAAAUAGAAGCCAAGGUAAGGGAGCUUACUGAGAUGAAGAAGGGGGAAGAGGUGGGACAGAGAGAAAGGGAUGACAAGGAGAGUCAGAGCAAAGGGAGAGCGAGAGAAGGAGCAGGCAAAUGCGCUCAGCUUCUCUCCAACAAACCCAUUCCUCGCCUCCUUCAGGCAAAGCGGAGCAGCGGCACCAGCGUGCGGAUUUUGACUUGAGAGGAACGCGCAUCGGUGGGAUAUUUCGAGUGGAUUGGUGACCAGACGUACGGAAAAGGAUACAUAUAGCCAAAAAAAAAAAAAAAACCAAGAGAGGAAAGAAGUCGCCAAGAAGCGACUCUGGCAUAUUUCGAGCCCCCCGCGCGACUAUAGGAAGUCUCCAGGUCGCACCUGCGCGCCGUGCGUGUCCUGUCUCCCAGGGGAUAAAAAGUGCGUAAAAAUUUUCACACCGACUUUUACGCAAGCUGAUACACCGAGCAGGAGGCAGCCGGACACGCUCCUGGAAGCACGAUGCUGAUCGGUACGUCUGCCCAGGGCAACCCCCUCCUGGCCUCUCUCCCRGUSCCGGGGCGGCCUCUGCAGCCUCAGCUCGACCUCAAACACCUCYUACCCUUCAGACUCAAUGGAUCCUCACCCCUUAGCCUCUUUCCCAACUUUAAUACGAUGGACCCUGUCCAGAAGGCAGUGAUUAACCACACGUUUGGGGUCCCUCAGCCCCUCAAGAAGAAACAGAUCAUCUCCUGCAACAUCUGCCACCUGCGCUUCAACUCAACGAACCAAGCAGAGGCCCACUAUAAAGGCCACAAACACGCCCGGAAGCUCAAAGCCAUGGAGGCCCAGAAGAACAGGCAGCGACGAGGUGGAGAGACCUCGACUACAGGGAAGGAGCGGGAGCGGGAGCGGGAGCGGGAGCGAGACCGAAACAAGACGACCCCUUCUGAUGCAGCUCUUCCAGCACCUAUGGAUACAAGCUUAGUAAAAGAAACAAGUCUUCAGUUUGAUCUGGAACCAAGCAUCCUGGAGGGAAAACUGGAGGAGAGUCCCAGGAGCUCGGUCAUGCUGACACCGGUGUCUGAGGUUUCCUCUGUGGAGCUGGUCACGCUUUCCCCUCCUCAGGUUUCGCCUUCCUCUCAGCUCUCUGAGACGGCGUCAGACACCAGCACUCCGGAGGGCGCAGAGGCCGCAGAGCCCACAGAGGCCACUGAGGCUAUGUGUCUGACCGGCGAGUCAGGUAACGCUGCAGACCCAUCUAUCACGCCAGGGGAGCCAUGCAUGGAUGACAACAAAGACCCCAAGAAGAGCAAAGCUCACCUCCACUGUCCUGUCUGUAAAGUCACGGUCAACUCCACCUCCCAACUGGAAGCACAUAACAGCGGUACUAAGCACAAAUUGAUGCUGGAAGGCCACAGUGUUCUGCCGCGCCGCAGGGGGAAAGUAGUGGCAGCUCGAGCUGGCUGCAAGAGCAAGCGGCUGGGGAGCAAAGGCAGCGUCGGGGUGCCUAGCAAGAACUUCCAGUGUGAAGUGUGUGAAAUAUUUGUGAACUCUGAAACCCAACUUAGCCAGCACAUGAACAGCAGAAGGCACAAGGAUCGGCUGGCCGGAAAACCGCCCAAACCCAAAUUUACCCCCCACAGCAAGAGCCAGCCGAGCUCCAGCUUCACGAACGUGAGAUGGAGUGGCUAUGCAGGUGUGGCUGUGUCUGCCAUGAAGAAAGCAUUCACCCAGUGCAACCUCGCCUCUCUCUCCUCGCAGACCAAACUGGCCUUGCAGAAGCAGCUGACCAAGAGUUUGACAACUGGCUUCCUGCCCAGCCCCCUCACCCCACCAACUCUGUGCACAGUGGCGACUAACCCGCUGGCUCUGCGCCACCCGGUGGGCGCCACCACCUUCAUCCAGACCCCAUUCCUGGGCCCUGCACUGUUCCGGCCCGCUCCGGGGCCGCUGCGGGCCACGCACACACCCAUCAUCUUCUCCCCUUAUUAAGGACUUAACCGAUCUCCCAGUUAAGCUCCGGCCCUGUCCCUUUACCAAAUCCAAGGCCCUCGUUUUAGUGUGACCGCGCAACAAAGGUCACAUCCAAACUAUGCAGCCCGCCUGACUUAAAAUGGGAAGAGUGCACAAAUUCCAAUUUAUCACCAGGCCCGACGGCCUGAGAGCGCUUCUCAUCACAAAGGCCAAUAUCCCCUUUCAUGCCUUCUUUCUGCUCCUUUGAUGGCGACCUCAGGAGCAGCACAGGCCUCCAGACAGUGACUGGCACAAGGAGGCCGCAUUUAUAGCCAUUUCAUGGGUCAAACAUGGUUUAAAUUAUAAAUAUUAUUGUGUAAUUUAUUAGAAAACAUAUAUAGAAAAAAAAAUCUAGAUGUACGUUUAGUGUGGUUGCCGCAAAAUAAGGUCCCUUUACUUGAUGCUCUUAUAAAACCUUUUUUAUCUCCUAUGUUUGGAGGCUUGAUGAAAAGUUGUUGUCGUCGGUCCGUAAAGCAGCUGAAGCAAAGCCAUACGUGUAUGGCUGCAGAGGCCAGCCUCACCCAUCAGUGUUUUCAGCUGGCAAGCUUAAGCAACGUGGUUGCCUGGUAUUGUGAAUAUGGUUUAAAAAAAACAAACCAUAAGACGUCUUAGUUUAAGUUUAAGGGUAGAGUUCUGAAUUUUUAUUGUGAGGUUUUGUUAAAAGGUUACAAGGUGUUGGUGUCUUACCUACAGUAGAUGGCACGCCUAAGCUGCCAUCACAGAUUCUACCUGGCCAGGUAUGCUGGCAUAUUUAAAAAGGCAUUACAUAAAAUAAUUAAGGCACAUUGAGUCGUAUAAUGCUUUUGAAGUACAUGUUUAGCUUUUGAUGCCGUCUCAGUUUGAACAGUGCAUGUGUCUUGGGAUCAGUGAUGUGUAAUUUUGGGUUCUGCUACAUCAGAAUGAUGUAUUUGUUCUUAUUUCAUACAAAGACUUGUAUGAUCUAGGAAUGAAACUUCACUGCUCUACUCGUACCAAGUGGUCAGAUAAUUAUCUGCCAAAUUAGUCAAAGAGAAGGUUAUUUAUUCAGUUUAAAUCCUAAUACAAAGCUUGUUUCUUAUAUAUAAUUGGGUAAUUCCUGUAAUAUUUUAGUCGUAGUUGUGCAAUAUGCUGUAGCAGUGGCACGUUGCUACAUGAGUGAGAGAGGUUUUACAUUCCAACAUGUCCUAAAAAUCUGUGGCAGUCUGGUGUAGCAGACCAUCAGAUUAUGCAUGCUACCAUCUCAAAUAUGUAGGAAGACAAUGCUGGAGCUCAAUUCUCCUAAGGCAAAAUCUUUCUAUGCUAUGGAAAUGCAAGGUACAUAUGUAAUAUUGCAGGAGUAUUGGUAGAACCUUCAUUUGUAGAUCCAGAUUAGUUGGUCCCAAGCUAACAUUAGCAUACAGUCUAAAUGGAGCCAAUGUGGACCUCUGCAAAAGAACUGCAACUUCAGAAAUGUGACAGUAAUUUACGUAAAUCAUUUUUUAUCAAUACUAAUCUGGUAUCAUGUUAACAUUGGUUAGUUAUUGACACACAUGUUGAGCAUGAAAAGCAUUUCUUCUCAGACUAACCGAAUUAAUUAAAACCAAAGCAGUGUGAAAAUCAGAAACUUUUCGGAGGUCAAUGUGAAUGGUAAUUUAUGUAUUUUUUUUAGACUUUCUCACAUUUCUAUCGAUCUGUUGCGCUGACCGGAAACGUUGAGCUCCAGGGUCAUGAUCCAGGGUCAGCCUCGAUUUCCCUCGUAAAUAUUCAUUGGCUUUUGUGUAAACAACUGCCUGAUGUGAACAAGACGACGGUUUCAAGGUGUGUUUUUUUGAGAUAGGAGUUGUUUCCAGCACUGAGGCACAGUUGCUGGCAAUGCUGCCUUGCCUUGGUUGUUUGUCUUGUUUGACUGUGAAGCGUGAUGUGAAACACCUGCACUCCCAUGACCCUGGUGGACAAGUCGACACAGACAGGGGAUGGACAGACAGACAGACAGACAGACAGACAGACAAACAGACAGACUAGUGGAGGUGUUUUAUGAAGGUAUGAAACCUGUUCACUUUAAUCUCUGAAACCAAGUAAUCUGGAUUUAAGAUAAACAAGGAAGUCAAUAAAUAUAUUACCGAAGGUAAGAAAUUAUUCGCCUUUUAAUCUUUUUAGCAGAAGCUCGCUUCGAAAAUUCAAAGUAAUCACUUUAAAGGCUCUCAAGGACAAAAGCGACACGUCACUGUAGGUCUAUAACUAUGUAUUCUUUGUGUUAAAACUCAAAAAGAAAAACUGCAUUACUGAUGUUUGUUUCUUUCUUUUCAAGUAAGAGUAACAGCCCCUGCAUCCAAGUUUUUUAUUUAUUUAUUUUUUUAAAUACACCCAGGAUUAAACAGUCAGUAAGAUCCAAAAAAAGGUCAGCUUGUCAAUGAAACUAUCUUUCAGUUUGCAAAUCUGCUCUUUGGAAUCUAAAAUUCUUGCUUCAGAGUAUUACUCAUGCAUGCAACCUGGGAUUAUGCUUUUUCCUAAGGUAGCGGCAUGAAAAUAUUUUUCCGCAGCUACACGCGUCUUAUCCUGCCAAAUUCCCCCUUUUGUUUCGCUCCCAUCCUCACUUCCUUUUUAACCCCAUUCUCCUUUCACCUCACCGCCAUCACCUUGACGUUGUCCCUGAUUUUCUUCUGCUGUGAUCUCAGUUUAAGCCGAUGAGGAGCAAGGAAAUGACGCACACAAUCAAAGCACAUAAUGAGAACACAAUGGAUAACUUGAUGACUUGAUAGGAUUUCAGUGUUUGAUGAAAAAAAUUUGACAGCGGGUGGGAAGGCUGCUCAGCCACAUUCUGAUUGACGUCCCGGUGCUGUGUCUGAGCGCAGCGUGUGGAAAGGGGUGUGAGGGGGGCGGGGGGAUACAAAGCACAGUGCCAUGGCAACCACAUUAAAAAGCACCUUAAAAUGGAUUUACUUACAAAAGCAAUGAUUAUUAUGUCGAUGUUCUCUUUCUUUUAUUAUUAUUAUUAUUAUUUGUAGGUGUAUGUUUUAUAAAAUUCUGCUUUGGAAAAAAAAAAAACAAUCAAGUGAGAAUGAUCCUGUUAUAGUUUAUCUGUAAUGAUGACAAGCCUCACAUUUAAAGCAAUACAUUCAAGUAUGUUUAUGUUCAUGUCUGGUGUGUCAAUGACUUUUUAACUCUUCUCUGCUGUAAACUCCUCAUACAGUGUAUUGUGUGCCCCUCCAUAACCAAGGCCAAGUCUGGUUUGUCAGUGAAAAGUCAUCUGAAAUAAAAAAUAAAAAUAAAAAAUAAAAAGUUGUGCAGCUGCUGCCCUUGAUGCUUGAUGCUCAUGGCCAGUCUCGACAUGAGAAAGUGGCGGCUGGUGGGGGCGGGGAGAGAGAGGAGGGCUGCCUUAAGCGCCAUAUGACACUGCCGCUUCACUUUUCAGCGGAGCAGUAGGACCUCUGUAUGACUUCCACUGAGCAAAAAAAAAAAGAAAAAAAACAUUGUUACGUCAGCGACGAGUGAUGUGGAAGUGACACAUAUGCAGCAUCGACUUGUCUUUGUGCUGUUUGUGCUCGUGCGCCGACUCCCACGCAGGAUAUCUGCUGACAUUCUCCCCUUUCCUUAUGCCGAAAACAAACUCUUGGCAAGGUCUCAGCACAGGACUCGGAGCGCGUGUGUCAUCCUCUCUUCAGCAGUCGGACCCAAUCAUGUUCUCUUCAAUUACAGGAACCUAUGCAUUUGUGCAACGUGUGUACAUGUGUUUGACGCAGCAGUGCCACCUGUCGUAAAUAACCUGUAACUGCCAUUCAGUGCUUGUGCUUUAAGAAAACCCCUCUUCAUCCGACGUGCAUUUGUGUUCUAAGGACUCCCAGGCCGUUCUAGGUUAGCAAAGCCCGCCAGGUCUCCUCCUCGCCGUAAUGAUGUGAUGGUUCUCCCCGGUCCCACUUCUCAGUGAACCAGCCAGCCUUUAAUCUUCACUGUUUGUUUCUUUCUGUUGCUCAGUGGGAACUCUGACCCGGGCGACCCAUUUUUUUUUUUUCUUGAAUUAAAUAACCAAGAAGAGUCGGAUUAUAUGUAGAAAUAGAGCAAUUCUAGAGAUUCUACCAGAGUCAUUAUUGUUAUCUGUAUUAUAAAUAUUAUAGAAGAGAGUUUAGAUGAGGUUAUUGUUGAAUGCCUGUUUGAAAACAGGGUUGGGGGGGGGAACUUUUAUUAUUUUUCUUCUUUAUUUACAUGGUUUUAUCGACAUGUUUUAUAACGUACAACAGAAAAUAUUUCAAACGAAAAGAUUUGAGUGAGCUUUUAUUUUCCACCAUGCUGGCAGUUGCUGAAAUAAUAUUGUAAUUUAAGGCCUUUUACAGACAAUAUCAUGACGUUGCAUUAACUAGGCCUUCUCAGGGGUGACAGGUUGAGCAAAUGUUAACAUGACCAUCCAUUCAGGGUAUCCCUCCAUAGCUCCAGAGGGCAGGAAACACUGUACACAUGGAUGGGAUGAUGAGAGAUAUAAAGAGCAAAUACAUUUCUGUACAUUAUGAGUAAAGUGGGUUGGAUUUGGGGGAAAUAAAGCUUUUUCAAACUUGUGAAAA